UUUCCAAAUAUUUAGAUUAAAUUAUAUACUUGUGUUUUUUGAAUCUUUAUUAAAUUACUUUUUGUAAACUCCAAUGAUAUUAAACAAUCAUUAGGUAGGUAAUAUAAUAUUGUAUGUACUCACAAAACAUCUGAAAAAAGUGAGUAUCGAGAAGUAUUGUCCGGUGUCCGGACCCUUUUACCUUUAUUAAUAAUAAUAUAUCCUUUCCACAAAGAAGAUGUUAAUACUAUGCUACAUAAUGGCUUUGCAAUUUGUAAAAUAUGUGUAACAAAAUAGGUUUUUAAUUUAAUAUGAAUAAUAUCAUUGGAUUAUAAACACUAAUAAAAAUAUAUCAAUUGUAUAAUAUCCACAAUGCAAGUAGAAGAAACUGUUUCCAUUAAAGAAGAUCCAUCAGAAAACAAUGAAAAUGAUGAAAAUGUUAAAUUAGUGAUUAAGAAUGUGUUUUCAAGAUGUAAACUAGAAAAGGAUAAUGGAAAUUUGGUAUUUCCUCUUGACAAGUGUAUAGAACGAACAUCUUUUUAUGCAGGAAUAGCAAAAUCUACAAUAUAUCGUGAUUGUCAUAAUAUCAUCACUGAAGAACUACCAGUUUUUGAUAUCAACCAAUAUGUGGUUAUUAUGAGAGCAGUUAAUUCUAUUUUAUUGAAUAGUAAGCUAGGGCCAUCUAUGAAUUGUACGAAUUAUUAUAUGGAAUACAUAAAUCAAUGUAAAAUUAUAGCGCUGCCUAAUGUAAGCCUUAAAUCUUUUUCUGACUUGUUGGUAUCUUUAGGCUUCAUAUAUAAACUAGAUAGUGUUGGUAAGCUCUUUCUGAUAGAAAGGCCCAUACAAAUUUUUACUCGUUUCCAUUACUUAAGUAAAGUAUUGAAGUACAGAAACAUGAAAGAUAAACAAUUCUAUUAUAUUGAUGAGCGCUAUAUAGAUGAUAAAUGUAAUUUUAAAAAAUGUUGGCUUCAAAAUGCUAAAAAUAAUCCAAAGCCACAUGAUGUCUUUCAUUGCAUGGUAUCAUCAAAAAAAUAUGAGUGUGGUUUUAUUAGUUCUCAAAUAUGUAUUCUAGAUUUUAAAAGAUGGUUACUUGAAUUAGCCUUGCCUAAAAUUCAGCCAGAGAGUAUCAUUAUCAUGGAUGAGAACUGUUAUAACAAUUUGUCUGAAGAGGAUGAAAUAACAGAAUAUCAUUCCAAAGAAGAAAUGAUGAAAUAUUUGAAAAACAAUGACAUUCCAUACACAGAAAACAUGCGCAAAGCAGAAAUAUUUGAACUUAUAAAUAAGUGUGUACCACAAAAACAGAAAUAUUCCAAUUUGUACAAUAAUUUUAAGGCUCAUGGUCAUGUUUUACUUUGUUUGCCAUCAAAGUUAUCAGGCUUAACAUUAACUGAGCUACUUUGGGACCAUGUAAGGACCAUGAUGACACCAAAUGAUACAUUGAAUAUAAAAACUAUAAGACAUGCAGUAUAUAAAUAUUUGUCUACACUACCACAAAAAACAUUCACAGAGUUAGAAACUAAGCUUAUUGAAAUGGAAAAUGAAAUAUUUGCAAUGGAUGCUACUGUUGAAGAUUAUCUUGAAAAAGAGGUAAACAUGGUUAAUAGUUGUGAUGAUUUUUGAUAUAAUAAAAUUUUCAAAAAAAUAUUA